AUGCAAAAUUACAACGUUCGAGAAUUAGGAUUAAAAGACCAAAUAGCAAACAUUGAAGCUGACAAAAAUAAAAGCAGUAACGUUAAAAAUUUUGCUAGCAAUAAUUUUGUAAAGAGUAUUAAUACUGAUUUGGGUAGGAGUAUUAAUACUGAUUAUGACGUUAAAGUUUCAUCUCCAAAAUGUACAUCUCCAAGAUGCAGGUUAAAAGCUAGUCCCGUUAAUGAAAAACGUAAUACAUACAUGGAUGAUGUCCCUCCAAUUCCCAAGGUCACGUUAGAAACAACUGAACAAGAAAAAAUUGACCUUUUACAGUCAAAAUUAAGAUCAUUAGAACUUUCUGAUUUGUCCAUACUAAAAGACAUAUCUAUGCUAAAAGAUUUAUUGGAAUGA